AAAUACACUAAGUGAGAAGGUUUCAAUACUCUUAUAUUUUUCAUUUUUCCUUAAGUAAUUUUCCAUGUCGAUCUUCACAAAGAGAUUUGAUUUUGUUCUUGUUACCGUCUGAUGAUAAGGUCGAUACAAAUGAGGCAAUAUCUCCAUCAAAGAGAAGGCUUGUUUUAUCCACACAUCUUAUGCAACAGCUUCUCCAACCAGCACCAACGUUUGUUUUCUCGGGCAACAACGCAGCUCUCAACUACGAAAUCGUGCUUUACUUUAUGUCAAGAUUGACCCUCGCUGAUUCAUCUUCUCUCAAAUGCCACUCGAACUUGAAUAAGAGCAUAAAUCGUCAAACUUCGAAGACAGCUAGUGAUCAACAGUUUUCUUCACUCAUUAAUGCUUUCAUGGAGAAAAUACAUAAGCUUGAAAGUGACUUCAAGAGCUUGGAGAGGACUACAUCGAUAUUAGACAUCAUCUUCGAAAUCCAAGAUCUCGAAAGAUUCUCUGUGAUAAACCAUCUCGGCAAGUUUCAUAACCGCGCAAAGACCAUUACAAGACCUAUUCCGCAGAGAUACGUAGUUGGGAUACAAAUGCCAACGAACCUGCCCGAGCCACUACAUUGUCUUCCUCUGUGAUCAUCAGAUUUUUGGGGGAAGAAAAUGAUGUGUAUAUCCAUCAGAGAUUCUUAAGGGAAUCAGAAAAAUAAGCUUUAGUAUAUAGUUUUGACUACUUAUAUAUGUAAUGUACUCUAUCAUCUGUAAAUUAGACUAAUGUUAUGUAACUCUUUGAUAUAUAUAUAAAAUAUGCAGCUUAAA